AUGAAUAAUAGCAAUAGUAAUAACAUAAAUAAUAAUAAUAAUAAUAAUAAAAACAACAGCAGUAAUAGUAGUGAUAAUACUAACAAUGGUAAUAAUAAAAUUUUAAUAACGUAUGGGUUAAAAGAAAAAAGCGAAAAUAAAGAUAAAGACUAUCAAAUUCCAUUGCGUUUUAAUAGAAUCCCAAAUUUUAGAAAUUCUUAUUAUAACUCAAACUAUGCAAGGGAUAAGCAAAAGCAGGGUGAGAAAGAAUUGGAUGAGGAUAAAAGGAUAAAACAACAAAAGCCCCCAAAUAAUGGUUCGCCAAAUAAUGGGUUAAGCAAUAAAGAAAAAGAAAAAAGAGCUAGUGUAUCCCUUGAUUUUUCCAAAAAAUUACCACAAAAAAGUGUUCAAUCAUUUUUACAUAAAGAUAAAAUACAAAAACAGCAUAAAGAAUUAGAGAAUAAUAGUGAUAGUAAAAGUAAUAAUGAUAAUAAUGACAAUAACGAUAAUAAUAAUAAUAUUAGCAAUUCCUCGACAGCUACCAAAGAUACAUACAAUGGCAAUGCAGAAAAAGUUAAAAUACGUAAACCAAGAACAAAAAAAAAUAAACCACAAAAGCUUGAUUAUCAAGCCACCCCGGUCAACGAAAAUAAUUGCAGCGAUAAUAGUUUUAAGCAAAAUGUAAAUACGAAUAAUAGAAAUCAAACUGUAAAUAAUAAUAAUAAUAAUAAAUUUAAGGAUAUUCUUCAAUCAAAUAGAACGGGACCAAUAUUUAGAGUUGAUAAUGAUUCAUUUGAAAUAAAAUUAAAUAUAACCAAAAACACAUCAACACCAAUUUCAACACCAACAAUCGCAUCAGAAAAAAAAAUUAGUAUAGCAAACGAAAAAGAAGAAGAGAUUUUAGUUGUAAAUAAAAUAAAUGAAAAACAAAAUACAUUCCCACCAUUGUUCCCACACUAUAAUAAAUUUACAAAUGUUCAUGCAUCAGUAUCGCUUCAUAACCCAUUUAUUAGAUCAGAUCAUGGUUUUAGGUUCAUUUUAUAUAAAUUUCCACAUCUAAGAGCAAAUAAUGUCAAAUCUCAAAAUUUUAGUCGAAAUUCAACUUUAUCAAAUAUAUAUUUCGAUGUUAAAACCUCAAUAACUCAAUCCAAAAAGAAUAUUACCCAGUUUUUAAGAGAAAAUCAAUUUUUAGACCCUACAAUCGAAAGUUUUUGCCACAAUGAAAUUUUAAAUAAAACCCAUAAUUAUAGCAAUAAUAAUAAUAUUAAUAAAUAUAAUGAAGGUGAUAGCAUUAAUAUAAAUAAUGAUAUAAAUAAUAUAAAUAUAAAUAGUGAACCAUUUGAACAGCAUCAAUCAUCUCAUCAAACUAAAAAACCAAUUCAAAAUGUUAGGGAAAGUAAACCAAGAGCAUGUACCAAGGAAGGUUUUAAUGCACAAGCAGCUAUUAAUAGGGAUCCAGAUGAAUAUCAUGAUGAAGAUGACGAUUUAGAUAUUACUGACGGAGAUGACGACUAUGAACCAACAGACGAGGAUGAUUUUGAAGAGGAUUCUUUUUUUACAGAUUCAGAAUUUGAAGAUGAUUUAAAGAAACCUAAACGAAAAUCAAAAAAAUCAGAUAGCAAGACAACGAGCGAUUAUAAACAACUGGAAAUAGAUCCACUAGUUUCAAAUUAUAUAGAUAGAAGUAUGCAAAACAAUGAAAGAGUGUUUGGUGGUAAUCGUUUAAUUUAUGAAACCAUUGGAAGCGAAAGGUUAUUAAUUUUAUCAACUGGUCCACUUAUGAAUAUUUUAUCACUCUAUAAUUUAGAAAAACAAUUUCCAAUAGAAUAUGACUACUUUGACCACUCUUUGGCAUAUUACGAAAUACCUCAAACAAUUUUAAGUAUUUCAGUUUCAACUAUAUCAUCAAAUAUCAAAAUAAUUUAUUUAAAAACCAAAUAUUCAGUUUAUUAUUUCUCAAUGGUUUAUAAAGAGGAUAACAAGUUAAUAUCACUAUCACUAUUAAAUAAUUACCUAUUUUCUGAUAGAGUAAUGGAUAUUUGUAUUUCAAAAAAAACAAUUAACGAAUCAUAUGUAUUAUUAGAGAAUUCAUCAAUUUUUAAAUUGUCAUUCAAUUUAACAAUGGUUUCAAAUAAUCUUGUUGAAAUUAAACCAUUUGAAUUAAUACCACCAUUAAAAGAAGAAAAUGAAAAGGAAGAAGGGGGUGUUGAUACAAGCAAAAAUAAUAUUGGUGAUAAUCACAAUAACAACGGUGAUAUUAAUAAUAAUGAUAAUUGUACCAAUAAUAAUAAUAAUAAUAAUAUAAACAAUAAUGGCAAUGAAAAUGAAUCAAUUGGUAAUGAAGAUAAAUUUGGUAGUGGUGUAGAACAACUAUCACAGAAAAAUAAAAAAUAUCAUUGGAUCAGAUUCAAGUUAAAUUCAGCAGAAAAUCAAAUUAUUUGUGCCCACACCGAUAAAAUAUUAUUGUUUGAUUUAACAUCAAAAAAUAUUAAAGUAAGAAUUUUAUUAACAACAAAAGAAGAUGAAAAGGGUAUUAUAAAUGGCAUAGAGUUGAUAGAGGGAUAUUCAUUUCAUAUUAUAGUUUCAACAGUUAAAUAUUUAUUUUUGUUUGAUGUCAGGUAUCCAGAGAAUCCUUUAAUAUGUUGGAGAAACCCAAAAGAACAUCAUCAUACAAGCGCAUUUGGUGGUGGAGUUACUGUAUCAUCACAUCAACAUUUAAUACAAAAAAGAGAUGAUUUGGUCUUUAUUUUAGUUCAAAAUAAUAUUAGUGGCGAAAUAUUUAUAUUUCAAUAUACUUUUGGUAGGGCUCCAACAUCUUUAUCAAUACCUUUUAUUCCUAUACUUGGUAAAAAUAAUAGUAUGUCAACUCAUUUCUUUGAAAAGCCUUUCCAAGCUUUAUUAAAUACCAAUCACAAUUUAGAUAGUAGCGGUAAUCAAAAGAAGGGUGCAGGUGAUCUUAGCGAGGCUUAUCAGGCUGUUCCGUGCUCGAUUCCAUUCACACCAAUUCCAUCAUUUGGCGAAAUCAAUCAAGAUAGAAAUUUUAAUAACUUUACUCUUAAUCCAUACACAAGUUAUCCAUUGUUUGGUGUUUGUAUGGUUCCAACAGAAGUCCAUAAUCUUAUUGGUAUUACUAUUUUACAAUUAAGUGCAUUUGGUGAAAUCACAACAACAGUAUAUUUACUUCAAGAUAUUAUCUCAACUGAAGCUAAACAUGAUCUUUUAAUGGACCAUAAACACCGUACUGAACAACUCUUAAAGAUCGAAAAACAAAAGCUAGCAUAUCAAAGAUCAUUAUUAUAUUUAAAGUUCCCUUACCAAAAAGAUAAAGUUGAAAAAAUUAUGAAAAAAUAUAAUCAGAAAUUAAAUUGUAAAGAAGUUCAAAUUAAAAAACCAGAGAAAGAACAAGAAAAAGAACAAGAAGAGCAUGAAAAGGAACAAGAACAAGAACAAGAAAAAGAACAAGAACAAGAACAAGAACAAGAACAAGAACAAGAUGAAAAUGAAAUAGAUGAACUUAUUAAAUUAUCCAAAGAUGAAAUUAAUGAAAUCGAAGAGGUAUUUUCGACAUCAUCCUCUUCAUUUUCACCAACAGCAUCAGUUGUUUUUAGUUUAUUUUCUAAGGAUCAACUUUAUGACGAAGAGAAAUCAAAAUUGGUCCCAUUUUUAGAUUUUUCAAGAACACUUCAACAGCAUAUUAGUCUCCAAAAAUUAUUUGAUAGAAUCUCAAAUCAAAAUUAUUACUCUCAAAUACCAGCAUAUAAGAAAUAUACAAAUAUUAAAACCAGAGCCAUACCUGAAAAUUUCAGAAUUGUUGAAAAGUCUUCAAAACAGCCAUGGAAUUAUAAAGAUUUUGACGAAUCUACUGUAUCUAAUGCCAUUAGAGAUAUAUUGGAAACCGGUCCUAAAACACUGUAUGAAUUAAUAUUUUCAUUGGAUGGUUUCUUCACCAAAGAGGAUAUUUUGCUUUUCUUGGAUCUUUACUCUGUAGAUGUAGAAAAUGAAAAUGGUGGCAAUAAAAUCGAAGAGUUUUCAAACAUUAGUACUAAGCCAAUCUUUAAAACCAAAAUCAAACCAAACUCAACUUUACUAAAUAGAAACAAAACAGAGUUUUUAGAAAUCGAUCAAAUGGAGAAUCAAGAUUUUAUCUCUCAACACUCAAUAGUUUAUCAUUUAGAUCCAUUCUUUUCAAUUACAAAGCUGGUAUCACAACCUUUGUUUUUAAAUUCUAGAAAUAGAUUUAUGAGUAGAGGUUAUAAGAGUAAAGAUUCAGUAAUUUCAAAAUAUGAUAAAAUUUAUAAUCUAGGUCCAAAAGAAACAUUAGAGGCAAAGCGUUUAGAAUUACAAAAAAAAAGAUUACAAAAAGAAGGCGAACAAAAUAAUGAUGAGGAAGAUGAUGAUGAUGAUGAAAAUUUACCCCAAACAAUCGAAGAUAUUUUCAAACAGGAGCAACUAGAAAAAGAAAAGCAAUCUAAAAUGGAAAAAGAUAAAAAGAAAAGAAAGAAUCAUCAUAGGGUGGUUGUUAGAAGUUCAUUUUAUCCUGAUGAUUGGAAAAAAGAAUGGAUUGAUGGUUUUUCAGAAAUUAAUUCGGAUUCAACUUUAAUUUUAAAUAAAUAUCAACAAUUUGUCGAAAAACCAAAGGAAAAAGAAAAAGAAACUGGCAAAAGCUCAAGUAAUAAAUCACCAAAUAAAAAGAGACGAUCAAUUAAUGAUAUUAAUAAACCAAUUCCAACCUCACCAUCUCCUAGUAAGAAAAAUAAAUCAAAAGAUAUUGCUAAUAAUGAACCAUCCUAUAAUUUUUCUUCGCAAAUGUCAAAUGGUGGUUUUAUGUCUGGUGGAUUUGGUAGCAUCUUUUCACUUCAGAAUUUAUCGCAAAGUUCUUUUGCAUAUGGUCAAGAACCAUCACAACAACCUUCAUCACCAUCUCAAAACCAAUCUAUUCCACCUUCACCAGCUCAUCAUAACCAGCCAACAUCACCACCACUCGCCCAACCACUCCAAUCUGCUGCAUCGGAUUACAAUUUCUUUUCGUCACAAUCUGCAGCCAGUGUUAGUUCAACUAGUGGAUUUGCAAAUAUUUUUAAUACAGGUUUCCUUUCACAGUCUUCAAAUUCUUUAGAUAAUAUUUUCUCUCAAAAUUCUUUAACUAGUAAUAUUAGCAACCCUUCACAAUUAUAUAAAGAGAAUAGUAAUAAAAAUACAGACAACACAAAUAAAAAUAAUACUAAUAACGAAAAAAAUAAUGAAAAAAAUAAUCUUGAUGAACCAACCUCAUAUCUAUCCCAAGAAGCUGCAUCAGAUUAUAAUUAUUCCCAACCUCCAAGCUGCCAAAAUCAAUAA